AUGCCACCGAAGAAGGCACCAGCGCCCAGCAAGAAGGUCGACGCGAAGAAAAAGGAGAAAAUCAUCGAGGACAAAACAUUCGGCCUGAAAAACAAAAAAGGUGCCAAACAGCAAAAAUUUGUUCAGCAGGUCUCUAAUCAGGUGAAGUUUGGCAACAAUCCAAAAAAGACAAAAGACGAGAAGGAUGCCCUCACGAAGAAAGAGGAGAAGCAGAAGCAGCUGGCGGAAAUGAACCAGCUCUUCAAGCCGGUGGUCGCCGCGCAGAAGAUCGACAAGGGCGUCGAUCCAAAGUCGGUGUUGUGCGCCUUCUUCAAGUCGGGCCAGUGUGGGAAGGGCGCUAAAUGCAAGUUCUCCCACGAUCUGACCAUUGAGCGAAAGAGCGAGAAGAAGAGCCUGUACUUUGACAAGCGCGAGGGCGAAGAGGGCGAGGGAGAAGCUGACAACAUGGACAACUGGGACGACGACAAGCUGAAGGAGGUGGUGGAGAAGAAGCACGGCGAACGGGAGCGGAAGCUGCCGCCGACGGAUAUCAUUUGCAAGCACUUUUUGGAGGCCGUCGAGUCGAACAAGUACGGCUGGUUCUGGGAGUGCCCGGGAGGCGGUGAAAAGUGCCACUACCGUCACGCCCUUCCGCCUGGUUUCGUUCUGAAGAAGGACCGCAAGAACAAGGACAAGGUGCAGGACAUUACCAUCGAGGAGCUGGUGGAGAUUGAGCGCUCCAACCUGGGAUACAAUCUGACCAAGAUCACGCUGGAGUCCUUCCUCGAGUGGAAGAAGAAGAAGGUGGCGGAGAAGCAGGCCGCUUCGAGGAAGGAAACCGACCGGCGGAAGGCAGAGUUCAAGGCAGGGAAGAACGUCGGCCUCAGCGGCCGAGAGAUGUUCACCUUUAAUCCGGAGCUGGCCACCGAUAAUGACAUGGAAGAGGGUGAAGCGGCGAUGGACAUUGUUCGGGAGAGAGAAGAUGAUGACGACGAGACGAGCCUCAACGUCAAGGAGAUUGACCUCGAGGCGAUUGCCCGCGAGGCAAAGGAGGUCGACCACUCGGCGGGCACUACGCAGGCUGCUGAGAAACGAGACUUUGCCACCAAAGGUUCUAAAGCGCCUGAUAAACCUUCCACUUCUAAAGAGGGUGAUGCCGCGGGUGGUCCUAGCACCACCUCAACUAAUGGUGACGCUGGUGGUGAAGGUGAUGAGGAGGAGGAGGAGGAAGGAGAGGAUGACAUUAUCAAUGAACCUAUUGAUGAAACCCUUUUUGCUGAGGAUGACGACCUCGAUGGACUUGAGGAUGAACUCAAUGCAGCAGCAUUGUGA